AUGGCGGUGCUAGCAGCCUCGGAAGCUGAUCAUCUGCGCACGAAGGCACGAAAGGAUCUGCUCAAUCUCCUCGAAGGCGUUAGAGGUAGGAAGAACCUGGUUAUUAGCAAAUCUUUAACCGGUCCUAUCAACCUCUUCGUCAACUUUUCAACUCUCAAGGAGUAUGGCGUGGAUAAGCUCUUUGUCUUGGAAAACGGCAACACCGACUCCUCCCAGCGAAAUAUUGCCUACUUAGUCCAUGGCGAGGAACCGUCUCAGGUGCAAGCUACUGCAGAACAAGUCAAGAAGCUACUAAAGAAUGGAUCUGUUGAGCAUGAGAUCUCCAUAUUUUGGGUUCCAAGACGAACGUUGGUAUCCAACAAAAUCCUGGAAGAUGAGGGCGUGUUAGGUGAUGUGAAUGUCUCAGAAUUCCCGAUGUAUUUCUUGCCUCUGGAGGAUGAUGUCCUGUCUCUGGAACUCGAAGAUGCCUUCAUGGAACUGUACUUGAAAGGGAAUCCUACUUCAAUUUUUCUGGCAUCAAAAGCUUUGAUGCUCAUACAACAGCGCCAUGGAUUCUUUCCACGAAUACUUGGCAAGGGCGACAACGCUCGCAGACUCGCCAACCUUCUAGUUCGAGGAAGGAAAGAGCUGGAUGUGGAGGAUGGUUCAAGCUACGGUGGCGGUGCCAGAGCUACACUUCCAAGUGCUACGCUGGACAGCCUCAUAAUCAUGGAUCGGGACGUGGAUUUCGCCACACUCUUCUUGACCCAACUGACCUACGAAGGUCUUAUCGAGGAGACUGUUGGCAUCCAGCAGAAUCAAGCUGAAGUGGACUCAUCCGUCACUGGCACUGCUUCACAGAAUUCGACACAACCACCUCAGGGCUCGGCAUCAACCAAUACUUCACCACCUUCCACGACACGGCAAAACCUCAAAACAAAGAUCAAACUCGAUUCGAGCGAUUCACUCUACUCACAACUUCGCUUCUCGAAUUUUGCUAUCGUGGGAUCGCUUCUGAAUAAAGUAGCCCGCCGGCUUGAAUCAGACUAUGAAGUCCGUCAUUCGGCUCGUACCACCACUGAGCUAGGCGACUUCGUCAGAAAGUUACCUGUCUACCAGCAGGAACAUCAAUCUCUCCGUAUCCACACCAACCUUGCCGAAGAGAUCGUGAAACAGACUCGCAGCGAAAUCUUUAACCGCGUCCUCGAAGUCCAGCAAAAUAUCGCAGCCGGCACAGACGCCACCUACCAGCACGACACUGUCGAAGAGCUCAUCGCCCGUGAUGUCCCCCUUCCCACAAUCCUCCGUCUCCUCUGCCUCGAAUCCUGUAUAUCCGGCGGCAUCCGUCCCCGUGAUCUCGAAAACUUCAAACGACAAAUGCUCCAGGCCUACGGCUACCAAAACCUACUCACAGUCGACGCUCUCGAGAAAAUGGAACUUCUCCAACCCCGUUCCUCCGCCAACGCAUUGCUUCUCCCUAUCCCCGGCACUGGCAACACCGGCACCAAUGCCGCAGCAAACAACAACACUCCCGGCACAAAGACAAACUACAAUUACCUCCGCAAAGUGCUUCGCCUGAUCAUGGACGAAGUCAAGGAGCAAGACCCCAAAGAUGUCGCCUACGUCUACAGCGGCUACGCUCCCCUCUCCAUCCGCAUCAUCCAAUGCAUCCUUCAGAAAUCCUAUAUCCAAUCCCUCAACCGCUCCCCUUUUCCCUUGACCCCCACCUCCACCGGCUGGCAGGGCUUCGAAGACGUCCUCAAAUCAGCCAAGGGCCCCACAUUUACCAUCACCCAGAAGGCUAUCGACGAAAGAUUGGUAAAAGCCAGAGAUAGUCUGAGAGGUGGUGGUGGGUGGAAGACGAUUUAUAUAAUGUUCUUGGGUGGGAUCACUUUUACAGAGAUUGCGGCACUAAAGUUUGUGGGAAGGCAGUUGGAGGGCGAGAAGAAGAGGUUGAUGAUCUGUACGACUGGGAUCGUGAGUGGGAAUAAGGUUAUGGAGGGGGUGAUGGAGAAGAGGGGGUUCGGUGUCGGUACGUAG